AUGGAUUUCUCUACAACACAUUCAGAAACAACGACAAUAACAGAAUCUUUACCUUCUUUAAUGUAUAUGGAUUAUCCAUCUACACAGCAACAACCAUUGUUAUUACCUUCACCUUCCUUAACAGUGACUGCAAAUACAUAUUCAACACAUAGUAAAAGGUCAAAUAAAGUCCAUGUAUCUGCUGCAUGUAUAAAUUGUAAAAAGGCACACUUGGCCUGUGAUGUAUCUAGACCUUGUCAACGUUGUAUAAAUACAGAUAAAGUCGAUACAUGUCGCGAUAUUCAACACAAAAAACGAGGACGUCCAAAGAUGUUACGAGAUGUUAAUAAUAACAAUAAGAUUAAAAGAUCACUUUAUAAAUCAGUUACAUUACCACCCGACCUAUUAUUUUCAAUGAAUCGAGAUAUGAUGACCAUAUUCUUAUCAAUGGAUCUUUGUUGUGCUAGAGUCUCGGAUAAAUCCUUUCAAUAUCUUGAACUCUAUCCUCAAGAAUUCGCUCAUCGUUCUCUUUAUGAUUUUUUAGUACCUGGUGAAAGUCGAGAAAGUCUUUCAAGAUUACAUCGACAAUUAUUAGAAAAUAUUAAUCAACCAUUACCUCAAAACCUUUUACGAUCAUCCUCUGAAAAGUUUUAUAACACACCUUAUGAGUUAUUAUUAACUAUCGCAAAUGGUUCUUUAACUCUCAAAAAGACGUUAACCUUUUAUCGUGGAAGACAACAAGAACAAGAAAAGAUGGCGUGUCAGUUUUAUUUAGGUGGUGGUUUAGGAACUGACAUUGUAGAAAAAAUAGAUUUAAACCAACUUUAUAUCGUUUGUGUUGCUACAACAGUCAUACAGCAGCAACAGAAAUCAGUUACCGAACCUUCUUCUUCUAUCGCAGGUCAACAACAACAAGAUGAUCAUCUUGUUUCCAUCGCAACACCUUCACCUACAUUGGUCUCAUCAUCAUCAUCGUCAUCAUCAUCAUCACCCACAGUCAAAUAUGAUCACCUUAUUGAAAAAGAUAAUCAUAAUGGAAAGUACAUGACCCAUUCCUCAUCAUCAACAUUAAAUGUAGAUUAUAAAAAAUUUCAUUCCACUACGAAAAGAAUCCAACAACAUCAACACCAAUUUAUUCAUCCUAAUGAACUUUAUUAUUUACAAACAACUUCGAGUCGAUUAUCAAUGGAGGCUGUAGCUCAUACGACUGCUUAUUUAUCAAAGACACAACAGUCAUUUACAUUAGCAACCGGGAGUGGUCCCUUAGCUGCCUUUAAUCAACAUACAACUACAGGCUGCUUUAAAUAA